UCUUUUUAAUGAAGUUUACUUUAUUGUUGGCAAGAUGGUGUUGACAUAUCUACAGUUUUUUCCAGCUUAUUGUUAUCAUUCUUGCUGUUAUGGCUAUACCGUGGCACUGGAAAAACAACUGCUUUGUACAUCUCCUGACAUUGAUAUUUUAUAUUCCUAUUGUGGCUCUGGGAGAGAUAACUUCCUCUUUCACGAAGCCAUGUUGUUACGGGGUCGUUCAGAAUGGCAGGGCACUAUUUUCUGGAUUCCAAAGGCUGAUUUGACCGUUGUCAAUGUACGCGUACUGUUGUUGAAUGGGCCUUCCAAAGACUUUAAAUGGGAGAGUACUAUUUGUUAUGGUGUGGAUGAUGACUAUUCAUUUUGUGGAACUUUGAAGGGAGAAACAAUCAAUGCAACUGUGAAAAUAAGAGGAUCGGGGUCAAACGAUCUGCAGUUUUAAAGGUAUACACUUCAUAAAAUUU